GUUUAUUGUAUUCUUAGUGUUCCAUUGUGCGUAGGAUUGUAGAUAAACUUGGCUUUCAAAUUGAGUGUAGUCUAGUGCCAGAUGAGUUGAAUGUCUUUUAGUAAAACUGUUUAUAUUAGUAUUACAACUGCAACGACAGCAGUAAACAUUAAUACUUGUAUGUCCAACAAUGCUUUGCAUGGUAUAUUCUUGAUUGUUGGACAUACAAGGAUAGCGAGUGUUUAAACCCAUUCAAAUACAGUGCAUGAUUCAUUAAACUGUUCCAAAUAAUGCUUGAUGUGUUUUUUAGUUCAAUUUGAAGUCUGACAUGCAUCAACGACGGCCAGAUUCGUUGCAAGUCAUUCAUGAUUAUAUAAUCGAGUUUAAAAACUGCUAAUCGAAAAUCAAGGCUUUCCAUUGAGUUGGAAAUGACAGGACGAUCGAGUGUUGGGACAGCAGGCACACAAAAGACUAUGCCUUGCCGUUUCUAUGCACUGGCCUCAUGCACAAAGGGAAAACAUUGUCCGUUUAUUCACAGUAGAGAGUCGAGUGGUAACACAGUGUGUUCGUUUUACUUGAGCGGCAAUUGUCAGUAUGGUGAUCGGUGUGUUUUACUGCAUUCCAAGCCUGGCAAGAGUGCAGCAGCCAUUAAAUCAUGUUCGACUUUGGUAAGAGAAAAUGCAUCAGCAGCUUGCACAACUCAGGACAGUCAAGUGUCUGCAUUGACAGCUAGUUUAGAAAAAACUAGUUUGAAAAAAACACCCGAGCAGACUGGAUUAUCUUACUCAAUGAUGGCUCAGGCCAUCAUUGAACCCACAGAUUCAGGUUCAUCCAGCAAGACUUGCUCAAUGCCAAUGGGUAGAAUAGAGAAAGCUAUCCAAUCUCCACUCAGUCAGUCAAUAAUGAACUCAUCUCAAGAUGAGAGUACGGCUUUGAAUCGAUUGCCAUUGUGUCCAUUUGGUAUUAAAGGAGUUUGCAAGUUUGGGCAUUCGUGUCGGUAUUUGCAUGGACUAGAAUGUCCUGCAUGCCAUAAGUUGUGUCUGCAUCCGGAUGAUUCCCCCAAAGUGCACGCAGGACACAUUGAUUCAUGCUUGGGUUUGCUAGAACGAGAAUUAUCAGAGCGAGAAGCUGGCAAGAAUCAAGAGUGCGUUGUGUGCUUGGAUAUCGUGAUGGAAAAGCCAGAUCCUCGUUUUGGGCUUUUAGCCUGCGAUCAUUGUGUUUGUUUGGAUUGCAUUCGAACAUGGCGUACAAAUGAUAGUAUGGGAACUGCAAAGACAUGUCCCAUUUGUCGCACCAUCACAUAUCUGGUGGUGCCAUCCGAUACAUGGCCAACUGAUGCAGCUUCAAAAGAACGAAUUAUUCAAGACUAUCGCAAUCGAUUAGGACGCAUUGACUGCAAGCAUUUCCAAUACGGCCAAGGAACGUGUCCGUUUUCCACUUCGUGUCUGUAUCGACAUGCAGACCGAACAGGAGUAGCGAUUGAAAGUAAGCCUCGGUUUCUUGUCUGUGGAGAUGAUGCAUACGAUGGCACAGCACAUGUUUUAAAGCAAGUUCAACUGUUUGACUAUUUGGAACAAUACGAUCGACAGCAAUCUGAAUAAACCAUUUUUCAAUAUC